UCUUGGUUGGUUUCGUGCUGCCACUUCACUCUGUCGGGGUCGCGCCCACGAUGUCCACGAGCGCUAGAGGUGGAGGCGGCCGGCGCGGCGGCCGCGGUGGCGACCAGCAGGGUGCGGUAGGACGCGGUCGAGGCCGGGGAAGAGGCGGGGAGCAGCAGGAUGCCCACCGUGGCCGCGGAGGCGGUCGUGGCCAGGGCGGCGGCGCCGACGCCGGGGUCCAGCGCGGUGGCCAUCGCGACGCCGGGCGAGGCCACUUGGGCGCUCAUCGAGGCGGGCUAGGCCGAGGCGGCUUGGAGGUGGGGGCGGUGGAGCGUCCCGUGGGCGCGGGGCGCGGCCGGCCGCCGGCGACGGCGACGGUUCCGGGUCAGGCAGAGGUGGAGGCGCUGAGCGGAGAGAUGGAGAGGAGGUUGGCGGUGUCGGAGGCGGUCCAGGGGUCUUCGUCCUCGGCGCCGGCGGCGGCCGCCACGGGAGCCCAGGAGUCGCAGGCGGCCGUGGUCGUGCCGCCUCGGAAUCUGCCUCCGGCGUCGAGCAAGUCGACGGGGUUCCAUGCGCGGCCUGGGUACGGGACGGCCGGCAAGAGGUGCCGGGUGCGCGCCAACCAUCUCCUCGUGCAGGUCGCCGACAAGGAGAUCUACCACUACGAUGUAUCAAUCAGUCCUGAAUCGAUGGCUCGUGAGAGGAACAGAUCUAUAAUUAAUGAACUUGUUAGAUUGCAUAAACAACAUUUGGAUGGGAGAUUGCCUGUUUAUGAUGGAAGAAAGGGAAUGUUUACUGCAGCUCCACUGCCAUUUAAAACCAAAGAGUUUAUUGUCAAAGUAUCAAAUACCGAGAGAGGAUACCAGGGGUAUGAUGUUUUCCAUUUUUCUGAUGUAGUUGUAAUUUAUGUAUCACUUGUGUUGAUCCUUCUCUUUUUCAGGGAAAAGGAGUAUAAGGUCACCAUAAAGGAAGUUGCAAAACUAAAUCUAUACAAUCUUCAGCAAUUCUUGGCUGGUACGCAGAGAGAACUGCCGCAGGACACUAUCCAGGCUCUUGAUAUCGCUCUGAGGGAAACCCCCACUGCAAAGUAUACACCCAUCUCAAGAUCAUUUUUCUCAAAAUCAUUUGGACAUGGUGGUGACAUUGGCAGCGGGGUGGAAUGCUGGCGAGGGUAUUAUCAGAGCCUGCGCCCCACACAGAUGGGAUUGUCACUGAAUAUUGAUAUUUCUGCAACAGCAUUUUACAAAGCUCAACCAGUUAUGGAUUUUGCAUUGGAAUAUCUUAACAUCCGGGGUGAUGCUCCAAGGCGUUUGUUUGACCAGGAUCGCCUGAAACUAAAGAAAGCCCUCAAGGGAGUCCGAGUUGUGGCAACGCAUCGACCUGAUAUAUCCAUUCGUUACAAAAUUACUGGGAUAACCUCAGCUCCGCUAAAUGAAUUGACAUUUGACCUAGACGGGACAAGGGUAUCAGUUGUCCAUUACUUUAAACGCCAAUAUGAUUACUCUUUGAAAUAUAUACAGUGGCCAUGCCUUCAAGCUGGCAGUGAUAGCAGGCCAACAUAUUUGCCUAUGGAGGUUUGCAACAUACUUGGAGGACAACGCUAUUCGAGAAAGCUAAAUGAGCGUCAAGUCACAAACAUAUUGAGGUUGGCAUGUGAGCGGCCAGAUAAAAGGGAGGGUAGUAUCGUGGAGGUUAUUAACAGAAACAACUAUGGCAUUGAUGAUAAUGCAAAAGAAUUUGGAAUUAAGGUGAUGAACCAACUAGCAUUGGUCGAUGCUCGUGUGCUGCCUCCUCCAAGGCUUAAAUACCAUCAGUCUGGACGAGAACAAAUAUGUAAUCCGUCGGUAGGACAGUGGAACAUGAAUAACAAGAGAAUGAUAAAUGGAGGGUCCAUCAGGCACUGGGCCUGUGUUUCAUUUGGCUCUCGGUUGCAAUGGAAUGAUGUUAGCGUGUUCUGCAACUAUUUGGUUGGCACGUGCAAUAACAUGGGCAUGCAAGUAAGUGAGACACCGUGUGUGGACAUUGUUCAGGCACGCCAGGGUAACUUAGAAGCUGUAAAAAAUAUAUAUAGACAAUCUGCCCAAGUGCUUGCUCAGCAAGGUUUGGAAGGACAAAACCUUGAGUUACUAUUUGUAGUAUUACCUGAUGGACCUAAUGCAAGUGAUUGUUAUGGAAGAGUAAAGCGGCUUUGUGAAAUUGAGCUUGGUUUAAUAACUCAGUGCUGUUUACCUAAGCAUGUUCAGAGAGCUGGCACACAGUAUCUACAAAAUAUGGCCCUUAAGAUCAAUGUUAAGGUUGGUGGUCGGAACACCGUGCUGGAAAAUGCAUUGCUUCGGAGGAUACCUCUGUUGACAGAUAAGCCUACAAUUAUAUUUGGAGCAGAUGUGACCCACCCAUCUCCUGGGGAGGAUGUGUCUCCAUCUAUUGCAGCGGUUGUUGCGUCGAUGGAUUGGCCUGAAGUGUCUAAGUACACAUGCUUGGUGUCUUCACAAGGUCAUAGGGAAGAAAUCAUAGCUGACCUUUUCACAGAAGUGAAAGAUCCACAGAAGGGGGUUAUAUAUGGUGGAAUGAUAAGAGAGUUGCUUUUGUCCUUCUAUAAAGCAAACAAGUCUUGCAAACCUGGAAGGAUAAUAUUUUAUCGAGAUGGUGUUAGUGAAGGCCAAUUUAGCCAGGUCUUGCUUUAUGAAAUGGAUGCAAUAUACAGGGCUUGCUCUAGCUUAGAGAACGGUUACCUUCCUCAAGUUACAUUUGUUGUGGUGCAAAAGCGGCAUCACACACGGCUUUUCCCGGAAGAUCAUCGUUCAGGGGCCAUGGCAGAUCGAAGCGGAAACAUCCUACCUGGUACCGUUGUUGAUACAAAGAUAUGCCAUCCCAGUGAGUUUGAUUUUUACCUCUGUAGUCAUGCCGGCAUUCAGGGAACGAGCCGUCCAACUCAUUACCAUGUCCUCUUCGAUGACAGUAAUUUCACCGCCGAUGCGUUACAAACACUGACUUACAAUCUGUGCUACACUUACGCACGGUGCACGCGGUCCGUCUCGAUUGUUCCUCCGGCAUACUAUGCGCACUUGGCGGCUUUCCGGGCGCGGCACUACCUGGAUGACAAUCACUCUGAUCAGGGAUCAUCUUCUGUAGGCGGCACCCGAAUGCAUGAUCAAGCUGUCCUGGUAAAGCCACUGCCCAAAGUUAAGGAGAGUGUCAGGCAGUUCAUGUUCUACUGCUGAAGACCGAUCUCGCAUUGUCUGGACAAUAGUGGACGGUUUUGCACCUGUGGAACUUGCAAAUGUUAUAACCCAAAACUCGUACUAUGAUGUCUUGUUUGGAAAUUUCUGUGAUGUGAUACAAUGUUAAAUUAAAUACUUUUUUUAACAAUUAUGGUCCCAACCUGAAUGCAUUACUCAAAUUGCCAAUCUAGUUUCUUUUUUCUUCUUUUCGAAAGGGAGGCUAAAACCUCCGGCGAUGUACAUUCUUGUUGACUUUUCUGUAGAGUACAAAACAAGAGAACUAUGGGUGAACCAUUACAAGGUA